ACGUCCUCAUCGAUGCCAAAGCCCACUCCGAGAAGUACACAGCUGAGAGCAAUUACAACAUGCACUCUCUGGAGAUCAAGAACUGUGAUUUCUUCGACACUGCUAAGUAUCAUAUCUCUGCCCUCAAUGUGAAAGGGGAAGCUUCUGCUGUGGCCUCUGUGGUUGUGAAAAGGUUCCAAGAGGGUGUUGAACCAGGCCCACUCGAUCCUAAACCACAUGGUUUUAGCCCUGAGCAUGGUGUUACCUUUGAAACCACCAUUAUUGACAAAUUUGAAGUGGCUUUUGGCUCUGAAGGGGAGACGUUGAGCCUCGGCUGCACUGUCAUCAUUUAUCCCACUGUGAAAAAAUACCAGCCUGAAGUCGUGUGGUACAGAAACUCUGUCCCAUUAAAGCCCUCUAAGUGGGUGCACACUCACUGGUCUGGGGAACGUGCCGUACUCACUCUUGUCCACCUUAACAAAGAAGAUGAGGGCAUGUACACCCUGCGCGUCAACACCAAAUCUGGCUAUGAUACCUAUGCUGCCUACGUGUUUGUCAGAGAUGCCGAUGUAGAGGUUGAGGGGGUACCCGUAGCCCCCCUGGAUGUGCGCUGUCAUGAUGCCAACAAGGACUAUGUUGUGGUAACCUGGAAGCAGCCAGCGGUGGAAGGCAGCAGCUCCAUCCUGGGGUACUACAUCGACAGGUGUGAGGUGGGCACCCAUCACUGGGCUCGGUGUAAUGAAGUCCCAGUCAAGUACGCUCGCUUCCCUGUCACAGGACUGGUGGAGGGGCGGUCUUACGUGUUUAGGGUGCGUGCCGUAAACAAGGCCGGAGUCAGCCAUCCAUCCCGCGUCUCUGAGGCCGUGGUAGCCAUGGAUCCCUCUGACAGAGCACGCCUCAGAGCUGGACCCUCAGCUCCUUGGACUGGAAUGAUCAAGUUCACAGAGGAGGAUCCGACAGUCGGUGUAGUCCCAGGAGAACCAACUGAUGUUGUGGUUACUGAGGCAACUAAAAGUUAUGUGGUACUUGCCUGGAAGCCUCCAGCCCAGAGGGGUCAUGAAGGAGUCAUGUAUUACAUUGAGAAGCGUAUUUCUGGCACUGACACCUGGCAGAGGGUGAACACUGGUAUGCCAGUCAAAUCUCCUCGCUUUGCCCUGUUUGACCUGGCGGAGGGUAAAUCUUACAGCUUCCGUGUACGCUGCUGCAACUCUGCCGGCGUGGGUGAAGCCUCUGAAUCCACAGGAGAAGUCAUAGUUGGAGAUAAACUGGACCUGCCAUCAGCUCCAGGCAACCCGGUUGCCACCAGGAACACUGACACAUCUGUGGUGGUUUCCUGGGGGGCCUCCAAGGAUGUGCAAGACUUGGUGGGCUACUAUAUUGAAUGCAGUGUGGUGGGCACAGAUGUCUGGAUGCCUUGCAACAAUAAGCCUGUUAGGCAGACCAGGUUUGUGUGUCAUGGCCUGAUUACUGGUGCAAACUACGUGUUUAAAGUGAAGGCAGUAAAUGCUGCUGGAUACAGCCAGAGCUCCCCCAAUUCUGACGCUGUAGUUGUACAGGCUGCCAUCUCCGUACCUGGUAAGCCCACCGGUGUGACCCUGCAGGAGGCCUUCAAGGACUACAUGGUCCUGGGCUGGAACGCGCCUGCUAACAACGGAGGAGCUGACAUCAGGGGCUAUUUUGUGGACUACAGAACCGUAAAGGGAGGCGUUGCUGGAAAAUGGCAUGAAAUGAACCACCAGGCACUGACUACAACUUCCUAUAAAGCGGAGAACCUGAAGGAGAGGCUCUUUUAUCAGUUUCAAGUCCGAGCAGUGAACAUGGCUGGUGUGAGUAAACCCUCUCUGCCCAGUGCACCUCUGGAGUGCAAAGAAUGGACCAUUACUGUCCCAGGUGUUCCUGUUGGUCUUCAUGUACUGGAGGUCCGUGACACCUCUGUGGUGGUCCUGUGGGAGCCACCGGUGUUUGAUGGUCGCUCGCCUGUCAAUGGCUACUACUUGGACGUCAAGGAGGCCUCUGCUGGUGAGGAAUGCUGGAAAGGUGUUCAUGAAAAGGUCAACAAGAUGAAAUACAUGAAGGUGACUGGACUGAAGGGUGGCGCAUCCUAUGUGUUCCACGUGCGUGCUCAAAAUCUUGCUGGAGUUGGAAAGCCCUCUGCAGUCUUAGGUCCAAUCCUGGCCCAGACUCGCCCUGGCACCAAAGAGAUUUACGUGGAUGUUGAUGAUGACGGUGUGAUUUCCAUGGUCUUUGAGUGCUCUGAGAUGAUGGAGGGCUCUGAGUUUGUUUGGUCCAAGAACUACAAAGAGAUCACAGACACCUCUCGUCUGACUAUUAUCAGUGAACGGGGAAAAUCCAGAGCUAUCUUCAAUAGUCCCUCUCUGGAGGAUCUGGGUACCUUCUCCUGUGUAGUCACCAACACUGACGGCAUUUCCUCCAGCUACACGCUCACUGAGGAGGGUCUCAAGCGUCUUCUGGACAUCAGCCAUGAUCACAAGUUCCCUGUUAUUCCCUUUAAGAACGAAAUGGCUAUGGAGCUGCUCGAGAAGGGUCGCGUGCGAUUCUGGACUCAGGUGGAGAAAUGCACUUCUGACUGCCAAGUGGAGUAUGUCUUCAACGAUGUUAUCAUUUCUCAGGGAAAGAAAUACAUAAUGAACUUCGACAAGUCCAGCGGUAUUAUCGAAAUGUUCAUGGACUCUUUGGAAGUCACAGAUGAGGGGACGUUCACCUUUAACCUGGUGGAUGGCAAAGCUAAGGGUACAACCAGUCUGGUGCUAAUUGGAGAUGAAUUCAGGGAGCUUCAAAAGAAGUCAGAAUUUGCGAGGGCAGAAUGGGUCAGGAAACAAGGUCCUCACUUUGUCGAGUACCUUGACUUCAGUGUUACCCCUGAAUGUGAUGUACUGCUGAAAUGCAAGAUUGGAAAUGUCAGACCAGAGACUGAGAUCACUUGGUCUAAGGACUGCAUUGAGAUUGCAGAGGAUGAUGAGGAUGCUAAGAAAAUCGAGAGGCAGGACGGCGAGCUGACCUUUAAUAUCGGAAAGAUCUCCAAGCACGACGCGGGUGUUUACGAGGUCUUCCUGAGGGAUGAGAGAGGCAAAGAUAAGAGCACCUUCAGUCUGACAGAUGCAGGAUACCAAGCUGUAAUGAAUGAGCUGUUCAGGGUUAUUGCUAACUCUUCCAGCGAAAUCAAAGUUCUCAGUACCGAGCAUGGCAUCGUCCUCUACUCCACGGUCACAUAUUACCAUGAGGACCUGCGUGUUGGUUGGCUCCACAAAGACGGCAAAAUUGCUGCUUCAGAGAGAGUUAAGUCCGGAGUCACAGGAGACCAGCUUUGGCUUAAGAUCAAUGAGCCUACUGAGAAGGACAAGGGCAAAUACAGCAUGGACAUCUUUGAUGGCAAGGACGGUGUAAAGAGAGCCUUUGAUCUGACUGGCAAGGCAUGGGAAGAGGCAUUUGAAGAAUUCCAAAGGCUCAAAGCUGCAGCAAUCGCUGAGAGAAACCGUGCUCGUGUUGUUGGAGGCUUGCCAGAUGUGGUUGCAAUCCAAGAGGGCAAGUCCCUGAACCUAACUGGCAACGUUUGGGGCGAGCCUGUACCUGAGGUGUCCUGGACGAAGAACGAAAAGGUGCUGGUAUCUGACGACCACUACAAACUCAAGUUUGAGCACAACAAGUUCGCCAGUAUCACAAUCGCCGCCGUCUCCACGGCUGACUCUGGCAAAUACGCCCUUGUGGUGAAGAACAAGUAUGGCACAGAGGCCGGCGAGUUCACCGUCAGCGUGUACAACCCAGAGGAAGAGGAGAGCAAGGAGGAGAAGAAAGACUAAAGGAUGACACAGCGUAAUGACACAAGGAAGAUUAACAACAGGGCAGUCUCCAAAGUAUUUUACCCCGGCAUGUGCCGGUGCAACACAGCAAAUAAAUAAAUAAAUCAUGAAUUUAAAAAAAACAAUCAUGGGUUAAAGAGUUUCGGGCAUUUCUUAUUAAGGAUAGGGUUAUGAAUGUGAAACAGAAUAACUGUUUGCUUGCAGUUUGUGCUUGAUGUGUCAUGUUUGGGGGAUAUUUGACUUGACAAUUUUAUUUUGAAAACAGCUUGAAGACCUCCAAAAGCAAAACACUCUAUUCUGAUCAUUUAAAGUUUUACAUUUAAGUAAUUUUAGGCAUUUCAGACCACAUCACUUUGGGUUUUCCCCACUGUAAACAAAAAAAAAGGAAAAUAUUAUGUCAUUAACUUUAUACCAGCUAUUGCAAUCAACUUAUAAAGUGAUAUGAUGGCUAAAACUGUGUGUGUAUGUUAUGUCUGUACAGCUUGCGAGCUACAAGUCAGUGAUCACAUCUGUUUGUAGGAGAGGUGGAGCUGAAAAGCACUGAUGCCAUGUAAACAAGUACACAGCAAUCAGAACAGGUUCAUCUGAUGUGUCUAACACACUGUACGAACGCAAAGGAGUACAGGCAGAACUGGAAAACUUGGAAUCACUUCUGAACACCACACACUAUGAAGAAAUUCCGUUGAACUGGGGUGGGGGUAGUGGGUGGGAAUGUUGUUUUUCAGGUAAAAUAUAAAGAAAACCCCCAUGUGAUAAACACUCAUGUACCAUGUGGCCUGAGGCUGAAUACAGUAUCUAUGUUUGUGUCUCUUCAAGGCACUCUUGCAAUAAAACUGCACCUGCUUGUAGAGAGGGUUGCCUUUGUUCUCCAUAAUCUCCCGUCUUCAGCUCAUUGAUUAACAGAAAUGCCCUCAGUAUAAUUAAUAAUAAAUAAAGAUUAAAAAAAAAAGGGUUUGAAAGAUUGAUGAUGGUCAAAUGAAAAGAACCUGUUGUCAUUGUGUGUAACCCAGUUCCUGAAAGCUAUAACUGUUUGCCAAAUACUAAUUAAAAUUUGGCUGCUGA